AUGGCGACAUCUGUGGUGUACAAAGAUAUCAAAGAGGGAUUUGACUUCGAAUCCGGCGGAAAAUUGUUUGCAGGUAAAAAAUUCUGGGUCGCGCAGCGCGUGCCGACGCGCAACCACUUGCUGGAUGAGAUCAAGGCCAAUGGCGGAGAGAUUGUGCUGCUGGAGAAGAAGGCCGAUUACAUGAUUGCCGAUCACUUCCGAAGAGAUUGUCCACCAGGCUCUAUUUCAUACGAGUUCAUCACCAAGUCAAUCAAGGAUGGAGAACUAUGCGACCCCAAAGACCAUCCAGCCGGUCCACCGGUGGGCGAGGCGCGAGAACCGGGAGCCAUACACCAGCCUGCCAAGAGCGGGAGGACGCCAUACACAGCAGAAGAAGACAGGAUACUCUAUAAAUGGGUACACGACGCUGAGUCAAACGGUAACCCUGUGAGCGGGAACGAGAUAUACAAGCAGUUGGAGCAGAAGUGCCCGCAACACACAUGGCAAUCAUGGCGCGACCGCUAUCUCAAGCAGCUCCGAAACCGUCCUCCAUCUGCCUUCAACUUACCCGACAAUGCUACUCCAUCUCCCUCGCUCGACCAAGCCAAUAAACGUACGCCUCCAGAUUCAUCGUCUUCCAAACCCGCAAAACAACAAACAUCUAAACAGGAGCAGGGAUCGACUGCGAAGGAAACUAGUGCCAACAAAAAGAUCAACUCAAAAAAUGACUAUAGCGUCAAUGAUCUGAAAGAACUGUUUAGUACAGAUGAUUGGCUAGAGCUCUACGCCUUUGCGGAUUUAAUCAACAGCCUAGAAAUGAGCGACGAGUAUGAUUCGGCAUGGGAGAGAUGGGCAGAGGAACAGGGAAAGCAAACGGCCGUACAAUGGCGGCAGUACUUUGAAAAGGUGGUUCGUCCGCAAUGGCUUAUCGAUCCAGUGUCAAAAAGGGAAGAGAUCAAGAGAAAAGUCGAGAAGCAGCAUGAUGAAGAUAACCAAAGUCAGAGUCAGUCCAUCAGCCAACCGUUUUCUCAAUUGGUCAAACCAGAGGAAGAAGCUGCACAGUCAACAGUUCCAGUAGAGGGCGAUACACCUUUGCAGACACCAGAUUUUAACGACAAACGCUUCGAAGAAUUGAUUAAUAAUGAACACAACAACAAAGUCCCAUCAGCCUACAAGUUCUUUGCUCGUGAGAAGAAGCAGGAAACUUUGAAUGCACAUCCUGGUAGGGGUCAUACCGCACUACACAUCGACUUAAUAAAACAGUGGUCCUCACUCUCGACAGAAGAGAAAGCACCAUAUCUGGCUAUGGAUAAAAAAGCUACUGCGCACGUCUCGGAAGAGACUGAGAACCCUACCAAAACAGCACAAGCACCUAAGAGAUCGCCAUCUUCAAAAGUUCAACACGAGUCCCCCAAGCUCGAUAUUGAAAAACACGACCCGUCUAUAAAACGAUCACGAGAAGAUGAUGAGACAGAAGAGCAGGAUGAAGAGAUAGAGUCACCUCGGCCUACCAAACGACGGAAAAGCGGAAGUGCAACGCCUACCAAGGACAACACAUUAGAGGUACCGGCCGAGAAGACUGGCACCCAACAGCAGCCACUGGAGAUUUCAUCCUCUGCAAACUCGCAGGACACAAUUGAACCAGAGCCCAUCAAGGAGCAGGCUAGGCCAGAUAUACCCGACUAUGUAGAAGAUGACGAGGUCACCAUGGUCGAGCUGGAUAGGCAGAGUGCAGAAAAGGAAGUGGAGAGCAUUGAGUCGGACGAGUUUCUAGAUAUGGAUGAUCUGCGCCAACUACCAGGUUACGAAACUGGCUCAGAAGAUGAUCUACGUUCAAGCACGCCAACACCACGAGCCACGCGCCAGAAAGUGUCGAAUUUCGAUACUCAGGCGAUUCUAUCCUCACCCAUCCAAGACGGGUUUCCACGCUCAAUUGGCCUUGCCCAAGAAGCGAAUUUUCAACAGGAGCUACUGUUUUCGUCGCCUCAGUUGCCAGAAUCUGAUGCGUCCACCACGCAAUCCAUGGAAGAGUUUCGCCGCUCCCUCCAGGAAGAGGACGCAGGUGAAGUCACUUACUCUCAAUAUCCAGCCCAACCUCUCGGCUUGUCGUCUUCUCCAGCACCUUCCACAACCUCUACUAGUUCAGGCGACCCCGAUCCACCCCUCAACGCCGAAGAAAUCAACGAGUUCUAUGACGAGCAAAAUGCUCAAGGGUUUCCCAAUGAUUUCAUCAGUGCAGCGCUCAAACGUACGGGUUUACGUCCCGAGCUUGCUGUCAAAGUGCUUGAUGCGUGGAAGCAGGGCAAGCCUCUGCCUAGCGAAAGGGGUAUAUGGAGUAAAGAGAACGAUACGGCUGUAGAAAGCGGAGACGGGUAUGAAUUAGCUAAGCUGGCAAGGAAGCACACAGUCGACGGCUGGGGUGGAGUUACAGAGCGUCUGGUGUUUUUGGACGGAUAUCGAAGUCGAUGA